UCUCCCACCUGAAUUCGCCGCGCAUCCUAAAACCCAACACAACGUGCAAACAACAAACUUUUCAAAAAAACAAAAAAAAAAGUUCCACGUCCCUUCAACUUUCGCCGGAAAACUCACCCUUCUUCCUUCUCCGCCGCAACCGCCUCCAUUUCUCCGAUCACGUCCACCUCCGUGGUUCUUCACUCUCGAAAACCACCAUCACCACCACCAAUUCGGAUCCACCGAAGCGAUUCGAAAGACUGCAACAACGGUUUCACCCUCAUGCUUCGCGAAACCCUCUUCAUAUCGUUCCUCCUCCACUUCUCAUUCUCCGGGGAUGCCGAUCCUGCUCCCAACUGCACGCGCCUCAGCCCCGUCGUCGAUUCAGAGUCGGAGUUCACAAUGGUUCAACACCAGCUCCGAGGCUCCGUGAAAAUCACCGACGAUUGCUCCUUUAGGGUUUCUCACUUCGACAUGCUUCCUGGCUCCGAUGUGCGCUGGUGGGGUGCGCUCUCUCCCGAUUUCGAGGAUCUCACCAGCGGCGUCGUUGUCUCAGGUGACAAUUUGAACCAGACGUACUCGAAUUCAAGCUUCGCCGUGCGGUUGAUGAGCAAUGUCACGUGGAGCAUGAUCCGUGUGCUGGCCGUGUGGGAUCGCGCCACCGCCUCCGAUUUCGGGCACGUGGUGCUGGGGGAGAAUGUGACUUCGAGGCCUCCUCCGACGGUGUUUGAGAAUUGCAAGGUUUUGUCCAAGGAUUUGAGGUUGAGGUGGACGUUGAAUGUGGAGGAGGAUUCCAUUGAAAUUGGGUUGGAGGCUGCAACUGGAAUCAUGAAUUACAUGGCUUUUGGGUGGGCAAAUUCGAGUGGCGGUGGCGGUGGUGACUCUGGGCUCAUGAUAGGGGCUGAUGUUGCUGUUGCAGGGUUUAAGGAGGAUGGUCCCUUUGUGGGUGAUUUCUUCAUUACCAAGUAUAGUGAGUGUGUGAGAAACAGUGAUGGAUUGGCUCAGGGGGUUUGUCCUGAUUCAAUGUAUGAAGAACAUAAUGAGGAUAGGGUGGGUUUAGUGAACAACACCGCGUUGAUUUACGGACAUAGGAAGGAUGGGGUGUCAUUUGUUAGAUACAAGAGGCCCUUGACUAAGGUGGAUGACAAGUAUGAUCUCCCUGUGAACUAUUCAGCAAAUAUGAAGGUUAUUUGGGCUCUGGGGAAAAUUAAGCCUCCUGAUACUAUAAUCCCUUACUAUCUCCCUCAGAAUCAUGGGGGUUUUCCUUCUGAGACUUAUGGACAUUUGGUUCUGAAUGUCUCGGAGCGUGUGAAUGAAUGUGCAGGUCCCUUGGAUGCUGAAAACAAGGAGGAUCAAGAUGUCAUCAUUGCGGAUGCAAAAGUUCCUUUGGUGGUUUCGUCUGGUCCAGCAAUACAUUACCCGAACCCUCCGAAUCCUGCAAAGGUUCUUUACAUCAACAAAAAGGAGGCUCCUCUGCUGAGAGUGGAAAGAGGGGUGCCGGUCAAGUUUGAGAUUCAAGCUGGGCAUGAUGUUGCACUUUAUAUUACUUCUGAUCCUAUUGGUGGAAACGCUACAUUGAGGAAUCUUACCGAGACUAUUUAUGCUGGAGGUCCAGAGGCUCAAGGAGUUCAAACCAGUCCCACAGAAUUAGUUUGGACUCCUGACAGGAGCACUCCUGAUCACAUCUACUAUCAUUCAUUGUACGAGAAGAAAAUGGGUUGGAUGGUCGAGGUGGUUGAUGGGGGUCUAUCAGACAUGUACAAUAACAGUGUUGUUUUGAAUGAUCAACAGGUUACCUUCUUUUGGACUUUGUCAAAGCAUUCUAUAUCUAUUGCAGCUCGUGCGGAGAAAAAAAGUGGUUAUCUUGCAAUAGGAUUUGGAAGUGGAAUGGUAAAUAGCUAUGCUUAUGUAGGUUGGAUUGAUGAUAGUGGUAUAGGUCAUGUAAACACUUAUUGGAUUGAUGGAAAAGAUGCUUCAAGCAUUCAUCCUACCCAUGAGAAUUUGACAUAUGUGAGAUGCAAAACAGAAAAGGGCAUCAUUACUUUGGAGUUUACUCGUCCCUUGAACCCAUCUUGUAGUCGAGACAAUAGGCCCGAAUGUAGCAAUAUUAUUGAUCCCACAACCCCACUUAAAGUUAUUUGGGCAAUGGGUGCUAAAUGGACGAAUGACCAUCUUAGUAAUAGGAAUAUGCAUUCUAGUACGAGUAAUAGACCUUUCCAUGUACUGUUGGUGCGGGGGUCUGCAGAAGCAGAGCAGGAUUUACUUCCUGUUUUGUCUGUGCAUGGCUGUAUGAUGUUUCUUGCAUGGGGUAUCCUGCUCCCUGGAGGGAUAUUGGCAGCCAGAUACUUAAAACAUCUAAAGGGUGAUGGAUGGUACCGGAUUCAUGUUUACUUGCAAUACUCAGGGUUAUCAAUUGUUCUACUUGCACUUCUUUUUGCAGUGGCUGAGCUUAGGGGAUUUUAUGCUAGCUCAGCUCAUGUUAAAUUUGGUUUUACUGCAAUUUUUUUGGCCUGUAUACAGCCAGUAAAUGCUUUCCUAAGACCUCAAAAACCUGCAAAUGGAGAGCAGGCACCCUUCAAAAGGGUUAUUUGGGAAUACUUUCACAUAACUGUUGGUAGAUGUGCCUUUGUUGUUGGCAUUGCUGCACUUUUUAGUGGGUUGAAGCAUCUGGGAGACAGAUAUGGUGUGGAAAAUGUCCAUAGACUCAAUUGGGCUUUGGCAACUUGGUUCUCAAUUGGUUUAUUGUUUGUUAUUUAUAUGGAAUACCAUGAAAAGCAACGAAUCAGUCGCCGGGUAUUUGGAAGAAGCAAUUGGGUUCUUGGUAAUCUUGAGGAGGAUGAUUCUGUUGAUCUCUUGACUGCAAACACAACACCUGCAGAUAGAGAGUCACAAUCUUCUGUGAGAAUGGAAGUCCAGUUAGAACCUUUGAACAGAUGAAUGCAUUCUUUAAGUUCUGAUAGAAAGUCCCCAUUCUGUCCCAAUUUUUACUGAUUUCACACUUAAUCUGUGAGCUAGCAAGCUUCUUUAUUAGUUAUGAGGCGUAAAGGGAGACAGUUCUGGAUCUCUUCUCUUUCUUUUGACACAUGUUGCUUUCGAAUUUCUUCACAGAGUUGCAGCAUAUUUUUUCCAAUAGUUAUACAUCUUUAACAGAAUAGGUUAUAUCAUUUCUUCUCCCUAGGUGCUACCCUCAUUUUUGUACUUAAAAGAAGAAAUCAAACACGGUGAAACCUUUCUUGGGACAAAUGUAUGUUUUGUAUGGCCAGUUUUGAUAAUAUCAUAGAUAACUUGAGACAUAAGAUUACUAUCUGGUCAAAGGCACUGUUGUAAAUUAUGAGAUUUAGAAAAAUGAAAACAAUAUCAUUUAUUCUUGUCCAUAA